AUGAGUGUUGUGACAGAUUCUCCUGUACAUUCUUCUGGCAGUGAUGACUUUGCUGCUUAUCUCAACGAAGCACUUGAUGAAAAUUCAUCCAGCUCAUCCUCAGAUGAAGAAGCUGAAGGCAAAAAUGAGUUUGAGGAUGUCAGAAAUAAAAGACGUAAGUUUGAAAGCACCGAAGAAACUGAGGGGUCUACUUCAGAAGGAAUUGUGAAACACGAAUUAGUUUUUGCAGAGUCAUCCGUGAAGGUAAAUGUUUGUACACAUCCUGGCUCAUUUGGAGACAUGUGUAUAUGUUGUGGGCAAAAGUUGGAUGAAGAAUCUGGUGUGACAUUUGGGUACAUACACAAGGGACUGAGACUUCACGAUGAGGAAAUUUCUAGACUGCGUAAUACAGACAUGAAGAAAUUUUUAUACAGUAAAAAACUUUACUUGGUUCUUGACCUAGAUCACACACUGUUAAAUACCACCAUCCUUAAUCAUUUGAGCCCAGAAGAGUCGCAUUUAAUUAACGAGACAGAUUCUCUAGAAGACGUCUCCAAAGGUAGCCUCUUUAAAUUGGAGCAUAUGAAUAUGAUGACCAAGUUGAGGCCCUUUGUCCGUACAUUUCUUAAAGAAGCAAGUGAAAUGUUUGAGAUGUACAUCUACACCAUGGGCGAUAGGCCAUAUGCGUUGGAGAUGGCCAAGCUCCUUGAUCCUCAAGGAAAAUACUUCAUUGCUAAAGUGAUUUCUCGAGAUGAUGGGACUCAAAAGCAUCAAAAGGGUCUUGAUAUUGUUUUUGGGCAAGAAAGUGCUGUCUUAAUUCUCGAUGAUACAGAACAUGCAUGGAUGAAUCAUAAAAACAAUCUGAUACUUAUGGAAAGAUACCAUUUUUUCGCUUCAAGUUGUCGGCAAUUUGGCUUCAAUUGCAAAUCUCUUGCUGAAACGAAGAGCGAUGAGAAUGAAAUAGAUGGAGCACUUGCGAAAAUACUUGAUGUGCUUAAGCAAAUCCAUAGCACAUUCUUUGAUAAACUUCAAGGAGAUCUUGUUGAUCGAGAUGUGAGGCAGGUUUUGUCAUCACUUCGAGGUGAAAUCUUAAGUGGAUGUGUGAUCAUUUUCAGUCGUAUUAAUCAUGGUGCAUUGCCAACUCUCCAGAGAGUUGCACAGAAAAUGGGAGCUACCUGCUUGACAGAACUUGACCCCACAGUGACACAUGUGGUUGCUACUGAUGCUGGAACUGAGAAGUCAAGAUGGGCAGUUAGGGAAAAGAAGUUUUUGGUUCAUCCUCGAUGGAUAGAGGCAGCAAAUUACUUUUGGCAAAAACAACCGGAGGAGAAUUUUGGUCUAAAAAAGACCACCAACAACUCUUAG